AAGUGCUUUGUUUAUUACUAUCUAACAGUGACGCUUGCAGUGAUGGCCACACGUGGAUAAUGGAGCUCUGCACAAACACGACUUAAACUAUAACUGGAUAUUCAGCUGAGUCACAAGAAACAAGAUGAAGGUGAAAGAGAAGCAAAAGCUGACGAGGAUGAUGAGCAGCAGCGACGACGAAGACUCUGACGUGGAGAAGAACUUUGCUCUGCUCACAGAGAGAAGAGGAGGAGAGGGCGAGGAAGGUGAUGAGAACAACAGAGACGAAGAAGAGGAGGAGGAGGAAGGUCCUGAUGGUGCGGAAGAAGAAGAAGAAGAAGAAGAAAAAGUGGGAGAGGCUGAGGGAGAAGAAAUAGAGGAGGAUGACAACGAUGAAGAAGACCACGACGACGAUGAUGACAGUGAUGAAGAUCCAGAGGCUGUAGGGGGCAGCAGUGAGAUCCAGACCAGAGAAGACUUGAAAAAAGAAUUGUCCACCAUGUCUUUCGAGGACAUCAUGAAGCUGCAGAAACAAGUCGGAACUAAAGUUUACAAUAAGGUCGCGUAUGGCGACGACGACAAGAGACGGGCGUCGGGCAAGAAGAAACGUCGGAACAAGAACAGACCAAUGGAAAUCUCAGCAAAGAAACCAGCGCCUUUUCUACGUCAGGUCAUUCCUGUGAGGAAACCGACAUUGAGAGAUCCUCGCUUUGACGACCUGUCGGGAGAAUACAAGCCUGAGAUUUUUGAGAAGACGUACAAAUUCAUCGACGACAUCAAACACGGAGAGAAAGAGGAAGUGCGACGUCAGCUGAAGAAGACGAAGACGAGCGGAGAGAAGAAAGAGAAGCUGCAGUUUCUCCUGAAGAGGAUGGAGAACCAGGAGCGAGCGAGGACAAGUCGAGAGCAGCAGAGAGAGCGAGAGCUUCAGCUGAAGAAGCAGCAGAGAGAACGAGCCAAUCACGGAGCUCGACCUUUCUUCCUCAAGAAAUCUGAUAAGAAGAAACUUGAGUUGGCAGAAAAAUACCAGGAUCUGAAAAAGAGCGGGAAACUGGAGACGUUCCUGAGUAAGAAGAGGAAGAGGAACGCCGGGAAAGAUCGCAGGAAGCUGCCACCCAACCACGAGACUUUGUGAGACUUUGCGUUCACUGACCAACAGACAAACAAAAAAAUUAAAAGCCUGACUUCUGACAAACAAACCUCUGUGAGGUUCUGUAAUGACACACAUUCACCUGCAGGUGGAGCUAAGUGAAGUGUGUCACAUUUUCAGACAUGAAAAGAAAGAGUUGAAAUAUUUUCCCUCAACAUUUUCUUUUAUUGAAUCCAAGUUUUUUAAGAUUAAUGACUUAAAAACUCUGUGGUGCGUUCAGUGACACUGGGACAUUUGGACUUCAGGACAAACAUGAAUGGGAGUGCCUCAUCUGCACAGACACCAGAGCGUCCAUGAACGCAGCACAAACACUGCUUUAUUGUUGUUGUUUAAUAAACUUGUAUAAGUGGAA